CCAGUCAGUAGGUGGCAGUAUUCAGCUAAUAAAUUGCUAAAUAAAAAAUAAAAAAAAAACUGUAGAAAGAAAGCUAACUGCUUCUGCGUUCUUCUUUCGUUUGAGUCGGAAUUUGCUCUAAGUCUAGUUUUAACUGGACAGAUUCUGCUUAAGUGGUUGAGUCCAUCCACUCGGAAACAUGGAUUUCCAGCAUCGAGCCGGAGGGAAAACCGGCAGCGGCGGGGUGGCCUCUGCCUCCGAGAGUAACCGUGACAGGCGUGAGCGCUUACGCCAGCUGGCUCUGGAGACAAUCGACAUCAACAAAGACCCCUACUUUAUGAAGAAUCAUUUAGGCUCAUAUGAGUGCAAACUUUGUCUGACGCUUCACAACAAUGAGGGCAGCUACUUGGCUCACACACAAGGAAAGAAGCAUCAGACUAACUUAGCACGGAGAGCAGCCAAAGAGGCAAAAGAAGCUCCUGCUCAACCAGCUCCAGCCAAAGUAAAGGUUGAGGUCAAGAAGUUUGUCAAAAUUGGUCGACCAGGAUACAAGGUGACCAAGCAGAGGGAUCCAGAGACCGGUCAGCAGUCGUUAUUGUUCCAGAUCGACUAUCCUGAGAUUGCCGAAGGAAUCGGACCAAGGCAUCGUUUCAUGUCUGCCUAUGAGCAGCGCAUCGAGCCCCCCGAUCGCCGCUGGCAGUACCUGCUGUUCGCUGCCGAACCUUAUGAAACUAUCGCCUUCAAGGUUCCCAGCAGGGAAAUAGAUAAAGCAGAAAAUCGCUUCUGGACCCACUGGAACAAAGAAACUAAACAGUUUUUCCUGCAGUUCCACUUCAAAAUGGAGAAAGCUAUUUCCCAGCCCGGCGGUCCAGUUCCUCCUCCCGGCAUGAAGCACCCACCUCCACUCAUGAGCGGGCCAGGAUCUCGGCUGCCCAGUGAUUCGCUGCCCCCUCCUCCUCCAGGAGGGAUGUCGGUUCCUCCUCUCCCACCCGGGGCUCCUGGCGCCCCACAGAUGCCCCCACAGAUGCCCAUGCCCCCCAUGCCCAUGAGACCGCCGCCUCCGGAAGGCCUCGGAAUGAAUUAAUUUACUAUAAUUGGUUUUGUCAUAGUUUUUUUUUUUUUUUUAAUUAUCAUUUCUGGACUUAUAAUUUUCGGGAUAAAAUAUGUUCGGUCACUUCUCCAACAUGUUUUUUUUUUUUUUUUUUCCCCUACUAAAAUCAGUACAUAAUGUGAGCUGAAAACUUUUUUGACAAACAGUUUUUCUAAAUAAAUACCAAGAAAAAAUA